GAAAUCUGUGAGAAUCCACGGUUUAUUAUCGGUGGAGCCAACAGAACAGAUAUCUGCCAAGGGGAAUUAGGUGACUGCUGGUUCCUGGCUGCCAUUGCUUGCCUGACACUGAAUAAAAAACUACUCUGUAGAGUCAUACCUCAUGACCAGUCCUUUAUACAAAACUAUGCUGGCAUCUUUCACUUCCAGUUCUGGCGCUACGGAGACUGGGUGGACGUCGUCAUUGAUGACUGCUUACCCACGUACAACAACCAGCUGGUCUUCACCAAGUCCUCUCAGCGCAACGAGUUCUGGAGUGCCCUCCUGGAAAAGGCCUAUGCAAAACUUCAUGGGUCAUAUGAAGCUUUGAAAGGAGGCAACACCACUGAAGCCAUGGAGGACUUCACUGGAGGAGUCACAGAGUUCUACGAGAUAAAGGAUGCCCCUAAAGAUAUCUAUAAAAUCAUGAAACAUGCCAUUGACAGAGGAUCCCUCAUGGCCAGCUCCAUUGAUGAUAACCUAGGCUUUUCCUAUGGAUCGGCUCCUCGGAGUGACAUUGGGGAACUGAUUGCUCGAAUGGUGAAGAAUCUAGAAAACGCGCAGAUGGCUCACUCCACUGUAGACUACCAGGGUACAGAUGAAAGGCCAGCCUGGACCAUAGUGCCAAUGCAGUACGAAACCCGGAUGUCUUGUGGGCUUGUCAAAGGUCAUGCCUACUCAGUCACGGCUGUGGAAGAGACAACGUAUAAAGGGGAAAAAAUACGUCUGGUAAGGCUGAGAAACCCCUGGGGGCAGGUGGAAUGGAAUGGACCUUGGAGUGACAAGUCAGACGAGUGGAACUCAAUUAAUGAAGCAGAAAAAAUCCGCUUGCAGCACAAGAUUGUGGAGGAUGGGGAGUUCUGGAUAUCAUUUGAAGAUUUCAUGAGGCAUUUCACAAAACUUGAGAUCUGUAACCUCACACCUGAUACUCUGGAAGCCGAUAAACUCCAGACCUGGACUGUGUCAGUCAAUGAAGGGCGCUGGGUGAGAGGCUGUUCAGCUGGAGGUUGCCGCAAUUAUCCAGAUACAUUUUGGACCAAUCCUCAGUAUCGCUUGAAGCUCCUGGAGGAAGAUGAUGAUCCUGAGGAUGAAGAGGUUGUCUGCAGCUUCCUGGUUGCACUGAUGCAGAAAAAUAGGAGGAAAGAACGGAAGCUGGGAGCCAACCUGUACACCAUUGGCUUUGCCAUCUACGAGGUGCCCAAAGAGAUGCAUGGCACUAAGCACCACUUGCAAAAGGAUUUUUUCCUCUACAAUGCCUCUAAAGCUAGAAGUAAGACCUAUAUAAACAUGCGAGAAAUCUCUGAGCGCUUCCGGUUACCUCCCAGCGAGUACGUCGUCAUCCCAUCGACAUACGAACCGCACCAAGAGGGAGAAUUCAUUCUGAGGGUCUUCUCAGAGAAAAGAAGUCUUUCAGAGGAGGUUGAAAACAUGAUUGAGGCAGAGCGUCCAUCGAAGAAGAAAAAGGGCAAGCCUAUCAUCUUUGUUUCCGACAUAGCGAACAGCAAUAAGGAGCUGACAGGAGAUGGAGAUGCUGGCAAAGGCGGUGAAAGAACCCGUGCAGAUGAGAAAAAGCGUCCUUCAGCAAAAUCUCGUGAGGGGAGCGAAGAGGAAAAACAGUUCAGGAAUAUUUUCCGACAAAUUGCAGGGGAUGACAUGGAGAUCAAUGCUGAAGAACUCAGGAAUGUUCUCAAUAACGUCGUAAAAAAACAUAAGGACCUAAAGACAGAAGGAUUUGAACUGGAAUCCUGCCGCAGCAUGAUUGCUUUAAUGGAUACAGAUGGCUCAGGGAAGAUAAACUUCGAUGAGUUUCGACAUCUCUGGGACAAGAUUAAAAGCUGGCAGAAAAUUUUCAAGCAUUAUGAUGCGGAUCAUUCGGGAACCAUUAACAGCUACGAGAUGCGCAACGCAGUCAAUGAUGCAGGGUUUCGGCUGAACAACCAGCUCUACGACAUCAUCACCAUGCGCUACGCCGACAAGAACAUGAACAUCGACUUUGACAGCUUCAUCUGCUGCUUUGUGCGCCUGGACGCCAUGUUCCGGGCAUUCCACGCCUUUGAUAAAGAUGGAGAUGGCAUCAUCAAGCUCAAUGUCCUGGAGUGGCUGCAGCUCACAAUGUACGCGUAA